AUGGCACUUUUUGGUUCUUCUUCUAGCGCUGCUCCUGCUCCAGCCUCCAAAUCUCUCAAGCAAGAGAUACAAGACCAGAUUUCCCAGGAAUUGGCUGUAGCCAAUGCCACCGAGUUAGUCAGCAAGAUCACAGAGAACUGCUUUGAAAAAUGUAUCAGUCAACCAGGAACUUCUUUGAAUGGUCAGGAAGAUUUCUGUGUCAAUCAAUGUUUGGAGAAGUAUAUGAGAUCGUGGAACGUGAUCUCCAGAGCUUACAUCACCAGAAUUCAACAGUCGUCCAGCGAGAAGUAA